UUAAAGACAAAGAAGAAGACGAAAGAGGAAGCUCCAUGGAAACAAGGGACGCCUCCAUGCUCGCUAGCUACAAAGUAGGCAGAAUAUAGGUAGAAGUUGGUUUCAUUGUUCACUUUUUCACGUGAAACUACAAAGGGUUAUGAAGAGCCCUAAAAUGAAUCUAUAACGGACCUUAUCGGAAAGUGCGCUGUGUGUUCUUAGCUAGCUAACACGCUUUUAGCCACCAGCUGGCUAAUAUUACUGCCUAUAACGGAGAAUGAAACAGUACAGAACCUGGUUUGCUACUGCUAAAAUAACGUGAAAGCUGUUUAACAGUCUUUGACAGUUAGCCAAACAGCGUUAGGAAGAGCGUCGGUCUGAAGAUGUGGAAACGAGGAGGUCGAAGCUCUGCUCUGGACCGAGCUCAGGCUCUGCUGUCCGCCAAGAGGAACAGCGGGGAGAACGUGGGGUCUACAGCCCCAACAACACGGGCACACACUGGUGCUGUGGAUGGGUCUAUGAAAACCAGAUCUGCUCCCCCAAAUACCCACACUUUAUUCUCAGAUCUGAGUGACCUGUCCUCGGUCAGCUCAGCCUCUGAGAACAGAGCUGACUCUGCUGCUCCUGAGAAGAGCCAGGGAAGAGAGGGGGGUUCUACCAAGGACCUCAGGCCUCAGAACUCUCUGGGAGGAGGAGGGGGAGGGAGCAGGUUCUUGAAGAAGGCUCCGCCACCUGCUACCAACAGCAGCCAGACUCAAAUGCAACAGAUCUCUCAACCAAGAUAUGUUUCAUCUUCGCAAUAUGGCUCCCAGACGGCUGCUAUGAGUAGGCUGGCUCAAAUAGAGAGCCGCAUCCGCAGUUGGAAGCAAGCCCUGGAACAGGCUGGGCAGGGCAUCUCACCACCACCUGGAGCAGCCUCCCAGUCCCUGGAGGCCUCUAUGCCAGCCUCAGCACAGUCCAGCAGCGACCAGAGUCUUAAAGGGAAGUGUUUCCUCAAGAAGAGGACAGAUGUAGCUGUUGACAGCACUAACAUUGUUGCCUCAGGGUCUCCAAAAAGCCCAGAGGUUGGUGUCAGGUCCAAGUCCAGAGCCUCUGGUACUGUAAUCCCUUCGGCAGGUUUGGGUUUGAAGUCAUUGAGAGUAGUGAGAGGUGUGAGUCUGGAAAGUGACGAAGAGGACAUGAGGAAACUGCUUGGAGACUCUUUGGAUUCAACAGACAACAGCUUGUUAAGACCAGUGAGACCCUUGUCCAUGAGAACAGCAGGCAAGAAAAGUCAGAAGGUCCGCUCCACACCUCCGCCUGCUGCUGUCUGUCCUUUAUCUCCCUCAAACACAGCAUCACCUCACUCCCCCGCCUCUCCCUCUCACCAUCGUUCUCCUUUUCGAUUCACCGACCAAGCUCAGGCCCAGUUCAGCCCCUCUGUGCUCUCUCCUUCCCCUUCUCCUCCCUGUGUCUCCCCCUCUCCUCCGCGGAGACUGAACUCUCCUCACAGGCUGGGCAGUCCACAGCGUUCCCUCUCUUCUAUGUCAGGCCGCAGUGAGGUGCACUCUCUGGAGGAGCUCUUCCCUGUUGGGCCUGGCUCUGAAGAUCCCUCCAGUGAGAUGAGUUUAGUUUCUUCUGAAGACUUCAAGAUAAAUGUGAUGACAUUAGAUGACCUUGUCCCUGCUACCUUUGAGUUUACAGAGGAAACGCCAAGAAACAAGAGAGAAACCAAACACAGCACCCCUCCUGGAUUCCCCAACAGAUGUCAGCAGCUGCCAAGAUUGAGGGAGGUGGAGAAGGAAGAAGAUCAACAGCAGGAGGAGGAGCAGGUGCUGGACUACCAAAGUGAUUUUGAGAGUGAGAGCAGAACAGAGCCAAAUUACAGUGCCAGCCAGGUUUCAGAGCACUUGCAAGGAGAUGGGGAUGUAGCACAGGUGACAUCCGAGAUGAGGGAUGCAGCUUCGGAUUCAGACGUGUCCAGAGAGAAGACAGAAGAUGAUUACUCGAGCACUUUCUCUGACACAGCCUCACAGAUGUCACACCACAGUCAAACAUCAAAGUCAUGCAGCAGGAGCAGCGACUCCAGAUCCUCAGUGUCAUGUGGCAGCCGGACCUCAGUUCACCAGUCGAAGAGGCCUGCUUCAGCCAGAAAGGUUUUAAAAGAGGCAGCAGUACAGACCCAGCCUGAUACCAUGGCGUACACAUGGUCAACUGGUAUGGCUACAUUUGAGCCAUUACUGAGCAUGACCUACAUGAAUCCUACCCCAGUGGUUGCUCAUACUCUCAGUGCAGAAACAGUGGAAGCUCUCUGCAACUUCAAUCCAGCUAUAUUUGUACUCAAUGAGAUGCUGAAACAGCAGCUUGCAAUGACGAGACGGUUCAUCGAAAGCAGCCGACACCUUCACUCCAGCCUGGUGCAGAGCCUGGAACCACCAAACUACAGAUACACCACGUUGGAGGACACCAAGGAGUACAUCCAUAAGCACAGAUCUCCCAAACUCACAAUGGAGGAAGCCUUAGAGGAGGUGCUGCAGGAGAUGAGAGACUCAGACCACCACUGUACAUGACAGUCGAUGCUGAGGUGAAAUGGAUUACUGUACCCACAUGUGCAGCACAAGAGACAUUUGCCAUUUCUUUCUAUAAGAUUUAUACAUAAUUAAAUUCAAUUUUUCUAUGAGAUUAUAUUUGUUGUCGAUCAGUCACAGUGCAUACCACGAAGAUCAGAACUGAUUCUUCUGUAAAGUUCACUCUAAUAUUAUGAAUCUCUAUUCUCAGAUAAUCACAUCAUACAUUCAGUUUUAAAUGAGUUAAAAUCAUGUGAUACCAUCAUGUGUAGAUAAAUCAGAUUUUUUUAAAUGGAUUUAUUGAGUGAUUUGUAGAUGACACCCCCAUUUGCUGGUGAUAUAAUGUAAAGCAGCCAUGCUGUCAUUUGUAUGUAAUAAUGUGUUACACCUUCAUGACUGUCAUUCUGUUCUGGUUAACACAGAUGCCAAAAGAGGGAAUAAAAUAUUAAGAAAUAUGAAAAUGAGGCAAAAUGGUUUCUGUCCUGAACAUUGUUUAUUAACAAUAACACACCACACUUCAAUACUGUGUUUUUUUUAAAAGUUACUAAUGGAUAAAAGCGUAUCUACAUUUGAGAAACAUCCAUCCAUCAUCAGUUUGAGGGUUGCAGGGGACUGGACUCCAGUCCCAGCUGACACUGGGCGAGAAGCAGGGUACACCCUGAACAGAUCACCAGUCUGGAUAGGUUGUUUAACAUACAAAGGCAAUCAUUCACACCUACAGGCAAUUUAGAGUCACCAGUUAACCAAACCUGCAUGUGUUUGGACUGUGGGAGGAAGCCAGAUUGCCUGCAGAGAACCCACGCAGGCAUGGGAAAACAAUUCUACACAGAAAAGGCAAAUCGGGGUUCAAACCUGAAACCCUCUUGCUGUGAGGCAACACCGCACCACUGCUGCCCCGCAUUUGAGGAACAGAAUAACUAUGUUUUGCUUUUUCAUGGUUUUUAUUAUUUUUUUCACUCUAUUUUGAUGGUGAUAGCAGUGAGCAACAGGAAAAGCACGGGAGAGUGAGGGAUGACAUGUAGCAAAGGGCCCAGGCCAGAUUCAAACCUGGGCCCCUGCAGUAAGGAGCUAUUCUGGACCUGUGGUAUGCACUCCCAGGUGGCCCUUAUGUACAUUUAUAAUUUGAGCAAAACGUCUACACUAUCUUGUUCUGCAGGCUUUCAGUCAGAAACUUUAACUGGACAAAUACAGACACCUCCAAGUGAAGUAACAAAAUGUUUAUUUAAAAAAUAACGCAUUAAGUAUGUGUACAGUCAUACCAGAUUUUCCAAUCUUCAUCACUAACAGUAACUUGAAAUGUUCUAAUGACUCAUGCAGGAUUUGACCUGAUCUAAAGACAAAUUCCAAGGCCAGGCUCCAGAAACAUUUAUCAGUGAUGUGGGAGGGUGAUGUGGAGUUGAUGGGGUU